AUGGAUCCUAGAUCUCAUCCAUCAAGACCCCCAUCCACCAGUCUACCCCAGGGCUCCACGCCUCUUUCCUCGACACCUAUCUCGAGUAUGCCAAUGCCUCAGUACACCAUGCAAUACCCCGUGUCCCAGCCGCAUACCCUCCCUCCGCUGCAGCCUCAUCACAAUCAGUCGCCUGCCCCUCAUUCCUACAUGGGCCAGCCGCCAUACAGGGAUCUGUCGAGGUUUCCCACGUCUACUCACGAUGUUUACGCGUCUUCCACUGCUCCCAUAAUGCCUCACGCUACCGUGGGCAGUCUGCCACCAUCGUCAUUUCUCUCCCACCCCAAUCCGCAGGCUCAACCUCAGCCGCCGCAAGGCUACCCUCCACCUCACAGCGUGUUGCCUCCUGCUUCCAGUGCUCAGACGUACCCGCAGCCAAUUGCUCCAGCCCCCCCGCGGGACCGUCGGUCUGACUACUCUGGCCUUCCUUCAGGCGCGUUUAGCUACCCAGAUGGCAAAGCUUCCCCUUGGAUGAAUGCAGAUCCGGUCGCAGGCGCAAACGGUGCGGCUCCGUAUGCAAAGGAGCCCCCUCGCACUCAGGUGGUUGGAUCACAGGGUCGUCGUGGCAUCCUCCCGAGUGUUCCUGGACGCGCCACUCCGGUCACGAAUGGUGUCAAUGGUGGCGCGAAGAACACCACGAUUCCCGCUAAGGAUGCCGAUGGAAAAUUCCCGUGCCCGCAUUGCAAUAAGACAUAUCUUCACGCCAAACACUUGAAGCGCCACUUGCUGAGACAUACCGGUGACCGCCCAUACAUGUGUGUUCUUUGCAAAGACACUUUCUCCCGAAGUGAUAUUUUGAAGCGCCAUUUCCAGAAGUGCUCGUUACGCCGUGGCAAUCCGACGGGGGCGACUCACUUGUCCCAUCCCCAGGCACAUUUGAAGAGGUCCCAAGCUGCGGCCAAUCCUGUUAAGCCGAUUCAGGAUGAAGUCAGUAGUACUGUCCCGCCUCCCAAUGGCAUUCCGGGUACGGCUUACGGCGAGGGAGCCGUGAACGGUAAUGGGUUGGCCCCUGGCAGACCCGGAUUCACGGAUCAGCAGCCUCUGGGCUUCUCGAUGUCGUCUGUCAACGGAAUGAACCGCGGUCAGCCGGACGACGCGUUUCCUCCUGGACAGCCGCCUCAGAGAGGUCCCUGGCUGGCAGCUCCCAAGCAGAACCCGUACCUUGUGCAGCCUGGUACUGAUGCAUCUGGCCAGCAUCUGAAUGUUGACCGUCCUUCCCUUGAGCAGGUAAAACCCCCGGUCGUCCAAGACCCCAAGCGCCCAGUUAUGCCUGGGCCCAAUCCCCAUCACACUGGCGAAAUUGACUGGACUUCGAUGUUUCAGCCCGGAGCUUCCGAUCAUUACAUAAACCCCGUGUUCCCCCAGUCCAUGGCAUCUGGCCAGGAGCCGAUCCACGCUCACGUCGACGCCGAGCGGAAAUACUACCCCACCACGACCGCUGGUCCCCAGGAGGGCGGAAUGAAUGGUCUUUACUUGGCUUCUACUAUGGGUGGCGACGGUAAGUGA